UAGGAUGCAUAGAUUAUUCAUUCGUUUUUACUGUUUAAAAUAAAAGUAAUGAAAAUUAAUGAGCCGGAUGAUAAAAUUUGUAAUACGAAGCGUUUCGGAUAAUCGAAGUUCUAACUAGAAAUACGGACCAUAGUUAGUCGAAUACUCAUAUCUGAAGCCAAACUUAAUCUUUUCAAUCUAAAACGACACUUUCUACCGUUCCCACGACAACUGGGUAUACGAAACCGGAGUGAACCCAAAUAUCUAUGGCUCUACAAUCGUUUGCGGUAGUUGUCACCAAAACCAUGAAACAUAGCUACUCGAAUUCUCGUAUACGAGACUCAACCAAAGCCUACCAAGCUGAUUCGAUGAGAGUCAAAGUUAUUCUUCCUCUGCAAUUACAACAUUUAUAUAUACAUUAAACUCCGGGGGUUAGAUACCAACUGAUUAAACUUUCUAGCUUACUUACUGCCAUCAUCAAAGAUAUUAUAUUUCUACCAGAGCUGACCAAGGUAGAGAAAAGUUUUUUAUAACCACGGAUGUUUACUAUUCGACUUUAAAUUUUCCAUGGCCAAAGUGUAGUUUAUUUUAUGAAGAAAGUAAGCUUCUUGCAAAACCGAUUAUUAGCUUGUUUAAUGAGUUUAUUUAUCAUACAUAACUACCAAGAUCAAUAAACAUUAUGAAAAGAGUACGGUGAACCCGAGAUUUAAAUGAGUAUUUAACAUUUUAAUUCAGCCAUUCGAUUUUAGGCCUCAUAAUUUUUAUUAAGUUCAAACUUUUGAAUAUUUUUUGUUGUUUAUAUUUUUGUUUUAUUUUUAUUAUUUUGUCUUGUCGUUGGAAAAAUUCUGCAAGCGCUGCAAAUUGUAGUUUUUGGGUCAACAAAGCACUGUCUGCCGAAGUAGCAUAACGCAAAGCGCAUGGCCUAGCUCAUUUCCAAUCACAGUACAAUUUUGAAAACGGUUUGAAACAGUUAAGCGCACCUGAAAUUUAACAACUAACAAAAAGAAGUCUUUCUGUUGCUGUUACAUUUGUGAAAUGAUAGGUGGAGAAGGUUUUGUAACGCUGUGGCGCUUUGUUCUCACGGCUCUACCAAGCGCGACAAUCAUUGUUAUGCUCUUCGAUGGCAUAAAUAUUUACCGACCUGACAUAGUUGAUGAGGACAACCGACUGCGCGCAUUGAAUGUUUUGAAUUUACGUGACUCAUAUGACUUUGUUAUUAUUGGUGGCGGCACGGCGGGAUGUGUGCUCGCAUCGCGUCUGUCGGAGGUGCGGAACUGGAGUGUGUUAUUGCUGGAAGCCGGCGGUGAUGAGCCCAUGUUAUCGGAAUUGCCGAUGUUGUAUCCAGUAUUCCAGCGCAGUCCAUUUGAUUGGGGUUAUCGCACAGAGCCAUCUGAUCGCUACUGCCUCGCCAUGCAAGGACAGAGUUGCUUUUGGCCGCGCGCCAAAUUAUUAGGCGGCUGUAGCUCAAUAAAUGCAAUGAUGCAUAUACGUGGUAAUAGACGCGACUACGAUCACUGGGCAGAAUUGGGUAAUGUGGGCUGGAACUAUGAAAGCAUUUUGCAUUAUUUUAGAAAAUUGGAGGAUAUGCGUGUGCCAGGCUUCGAGAAUGAUCGUUUCUACCACGGUUUCGGUGGACCGGUUUCAAUUGAAAAUUAUAGGUUUCCAUCUCCGUUAUUGGACGUUUUUAUGGAAGCAGCCUCGGAGCUGAACCUGCUCAAUCCAUUCAACGACUUCAAUGGGCGCAGUCAAACCGGCUUCGCUGUGCCGCAUGCCACGCUCCGCGAUGGGCUGCGUUGCAGUGAAAAUAAAGCAUAUAUACGGCCAGUUUGGAAACGUCCGAACCUCGAUAUAGUGCUACGCGCUUUUGUCAGUCGCAUAGUCGUCGAUGAGGAUUCGAAAGUAGCGCGUGGUGUACACUUUGAGCAUUUAGGCUUCAUUUAUAAGGUUAGCGCACGUCGCGAAGUCUUACUCUCAGCUGGCGCUAUAGCCAGCCCUCAAUUGCUGAUGACUUCGGGUAUCGGACCCGAACAACAACUAAUUCAACAUGGCAUACCACUUAAACAACACUUGCCUGGUGUGGGUAUCAAUCUACAAGAUCACAUAUCUACUACAGGGCCACAGUAUCUCGUUGACAACAGCGUAACUGGGCAUCGGCUUUCGUUCAUUGUGCCGGAAAUGUUGAAUGCGCGGUCAGUGGACUCCUUUCUACAUCAGGCAGAUGGAUUUUUCUAUGCCAUGCCCAUCAGCGAAGUUAUGGGCUUCAUGAGCACCAAAUAUCAGGACCCUAAACUGGAUUGGCCUGAUAUACAAAUCUUUAUGGGCAGUUACGGUUAUGGCGCAGACGGUGGUUUGAUUGGUCGACGUGGUGGCGGUAUAUCGUUUGCUAAUUACGAAAAUGUUUUUGAGCACAUGAUUUACAAGGAUGCCUUCACAUUGACAAUCUUAUUAAUGCGGCCCAAGAGUCGCGGUCGUCUAGAGUUAAGAUCAAGCAAUCCGCGCGUACAUCCACGCAUCUAUGCCAAUUAUUUCGACGAUCCAGUGGAUAUGGCAGUGAUGGUGGAAGGCGUCAAAUUUGCGCAUAGCUUAACACAAACCGCCAUCAUGCAGCGACUCAAUGCCACGCUAAACAUUUUCGAAUGGCGCAAUUGCCCCGAAGUGGAGUACCUGAGCGACGCGUUUUGGGAAUGCAUUGCGCGUUUCUACUCACAGACGAUUUACCAUCCGGUGGGCACAUGCAAAAUGGGCGUAUACGACGAUCCUUUUGCAGUGGUGGAUCCACGUUUGCGCGUUUAUGGUGUGCGUGGUUUGCGUGUGAUCGAUGCCAGCAUUAUGCCGACCAUACCGACGGGCAAUACGAAUACGCCGACGAUAAUGAUCGCCGAAAAGGGUGCGGACAUGAUUAAAGAGGAGUGGCUCCGUUACGGCGAUGCGCAGUAAAUGGGCGGAUAAUUCAUAUUUUUUGGGUUUUUUGUAUUGCUGGUAUCGUUAAUUAAUUUUUAAAUCAUUAAGUUUUAAAUUGUUCUUUUUUUUUAUGUCAUCCAUACGGAAAAAGCGAUGAAUAAGUAGGUCUUUAAACGAUUUUAUUUGUUUAUUGAACGCAUACAGUUUUUUUUUCGUAAAACUGCUUGCUAGGCAUUUUCAUUCCUUUUUAGAGCCCUGAUCUACUUUAAUUCAACAAAAUAUCUUGUUUUGCUGUCUCGCAAUACAAAAAGAGAAAAAUUGCAUUAAGAAAUUGUGCGACCUUCAAGUACAGGAAAUAGUUAUAUAUACAUAUUAUUAAAUAUUGUACAUCAAGUUUCUUCGUAUAAAUAUUGUAUGAUAUAUUCGAAUAUAUAUCGUUUAAAAGGUUAUAAAUAUACUGGUAUGCUUCGCUACAAUGAACAGAAAAAUACUACUAUAAUGAUUUACAGUCAAACAUUUUACUUUCAUUAGUUUAUUUUUGUAUAUUUUUAUCUCAGAAUAUAAGGCAACAAUCCCGCCAAUAACCGUUUUUAUAGAGCAACCAGAAAAACUUGAAAUUUAUAGACGAUAAAUAUGUGAACAUAAAGUUUUGUCUGGCUUAGUACAGUGGUCGUCCAAUAUAAUCCAUUUUAUAUUUUACACCAAAUUCACCAAAUCCAAAAAUUUGUUAAAGUGCUUUCAAAUAAAUAACCAAAUAAUUUAAUUUAAUUCAAAGACAAAAAACUAUGAAAACUUUCUUUAUUUAAUACAUAAACUAAUAUCAAAGUCUCACAUUAGGGAAAACUGGUGCUACCAGGAUCAAUGUUGAUUCAACGUACAAGUCAGCUCUGCUAUAUCAUCUUCUUCAUCGAAUCCUACAAAACCAAAAUUUAAAAUAAGUCUCCAACAGAUAGAAUUCUUUGGCAGUUUUUCCAAAGAAAACUUCAAUAGAGAUUCAGCUUUGAAAAUAUUAAUACGUUUUAAAGAUUCUCAGA